GUCCCAUCUCAGGACAUCCCGCGCAGGGACAGCAGCCUGGUGACGUAAACAUGCCUGAGUUGUGACUGGUGACCGUGCUCGAGCUGCAGGAGGACGGAGCGCGUGCCCACUGGGGGACAUUGCUGCUUGUUCUCUUCCCCCCUUCAGCACAUAGUGGACCGGCCCACGACAGAGCAACAGGAAAACAGCCUCCUCUCUUCCUCCUCCUCCUCCUCCUCCUCCUCUCCUCUUCUCCCUCCUCCUGCAUCGCUCCGAGCGGCUCGGCUUCUCUGCUGGAUGUUUUCACUCUGAGCUUCGGGCCGCUGUUUCCAGCUGGUUUAAACUGAGCAGAAGGGCAGUCUCUCUACAGCCAUGCAAAAGGUGGAGGGGCGUGUAACUCCUGUUAACCUUCCAUCAUCUAGGGGCCCGAGCGCUCCGGGGUCUCCUGCCACUGGCAUUAUGGCUCGUCUGAAUGACCAGAUGGUUGGCUACAAAGACCUUGCAGCACUGCCCAGAGAUAAAGCCAUCCUGCAGGUGGAAAGGCCCGACUUGAUGACCUAUCAGCCCCACCUGAGCUUCUCACCACUUGACCCGCCACGCAGAGAGCGCUCUAUGUCCCCUCCUGCCAUGUCUCCCUCCAGGUCUCCUGAGGUGAAAGGUCGCAGAGCAGAGAGCGACAGUGGCUCCCCUGGAGGAUCCACGCUGCAACUGCAGGCAGGUCGCAAGAUAAGCACCAGCCUGCAGCAUUUCCAUCGACCAGAUAAUGGCUCCAACAUCUACAGGAAGCCUCCGAUCUACAAACAUGAUGCUGUUCGCCCCGCAGACCUUAACAAACCGUCAGAGGGCAGUGGGGUCAUUCAGUCUGCCAAGUUCCCCGCCGCCCAGCCUCCAGACCCCAACCAGCCCUCCAAGAUUGAGACAGAGUACUGGCCCUGCCCACCUUCACUGGCUGCUAUGGAGAUUGAGUGGAGGAAGAAGAAACUUCAGGAAGAAGAUGAGUUUGAAGUCGUGACAGAAGAAGAGCAGGAACAGCAGGAGCAGGAGCUGGAGAAGAUCAAGUCCAACCUGGGCCGUUUGAUCCUGAAGGAGGAGAAGGAGAAAAGCAUUCACAUCAGGAGGAAGACACAGUCUCUGCCAGACAGAACACACAUGCACAGCACAGGUGUGUCAGCCAGUGCAUCAAAGUCUCCGUCCCGCUCCGCCCUGACCAGAAUGCAGUCAGCAGAGUUUUCUACAGAUGGAGAUAAAGGACGGCCAGCUGCUCAGAAUGGAGAGAGCCGGAGAGAUCGCAUGGAUAGAGGGAAUUCCCUGCCGAGCAUCCUGGAGCAGAAGAUUUAUCCAUAUGAAGCCCUGAUUGUAACCCACAGAGGGCGCUGUAAGCUGCCCCCUGGAGUGGACCGGACCCGGCUGGAGAGGCAUCUCUCCCAGGAGGAGUUCCAGGAGGUGUUCGGGAUGCCCAUCGGCGAGUUUGACCGCCUGUCGUUAUGGAGACGAAACGAACUGAAGAAAAAAGCCUCGCUUUUCUAACAGGAAGUGACCUAAUUCCCAACCAAUACUUGAUGAAGCCUCUCCUCUGCAAGGAGGAGGAGCCAAAGAACAGGCCAUAACGUCAGCUAUCCAAUCAGCAGAUCAGCAGACCCCUGCCCCACUAACAGCCCCCAUCCCUGGAAGACUGGAUCAGAACGUCUGAUGACGACGAGUUGUGCUCAGAUCUAAACUUAAGCGAUGCUCUGACAUGUUACCAGUACUGCACUUAUAACCCCCACUGCUUGCAAACCAUUCCUAUCAUAUAUCCUUCACCACCACCACCAUCAUCAUCAUCAUCAUCAUCAUCAUCAUCAUCAUCAUCAUCACCAUUGUUAAUGUGACAUUUAGUCUCACAGAGUUACACUUCCAGAGGUCACCAUCUUGAAGAGAGAUCAGCUGUUAUCUGUAGGAGGAACUCAGGUUUCCUGGUACUGUGAAGCUGCUGCUAAUCUGUGGGUUGAAAAGAGGCCGACUGCUGACCAGUAGCUGCUUCCUACAGGAGUCCCUCAGUCUGUUAAACCUCCUUUAUGUCCAUCCAAGACUUAUUGUUGUGUGUUACACUUACUUUCCUUCCCCAUAGUUCUUUUUGUGUCAGUUAUUUCUAAAGUGGUACUUUAAGAGUAUCGGGGGUUUUUAUGCCUGGAGAGGCAGCUUAAUGUCUUCCUGCAGAUGACAUCACUUUCUUAUUUUGCCGUGUAUGUUGGCAUAUCUAAAGUUCAGUCUUUCAUGGGUCAAAACGUGAACAAAUGAACAACAAGUCCUUUCUUGUGUAUAAAGGAAAUGUGUUGCCACUGUUUUGUAUAGAGUGUGUGUUAGGUUGAAGAAUGUUACUGCUUAAGGACCGCAUUGUAUAAAUUGUCAAAUGCAUUAUUUUUUCCGUACUUAAUGAGUAUCUGACCAUCGUAGGAUGAAGUGUAAUGUUCUAUAGUCAGUAACACCACAAUAAUUAUGAGCUGAACUGAUCAGAAAGUUGCUUAACCUGCCUUCCUAUUGGAGCUACUUUGAAGAUCCAGCAAACUGAGACUUCAGUACAAACUGAGUGUGUGCAUGAUGUAACAUGAGAUCAAGUCAAAUUAUUAUAUGGAUAAGCUGUAUUGAGUAUAAACUUAUUUAACUUCUGUACAAUACAUGAAUGGUGUCUCAGAACUGUGACUCUAAUGUCAUGAAAUAUUGUUCAAAAAUGUAGCAAGCCAGUUGAACUGUACUAGAUGUGGAGAGGUGACUGUUGUCCAAGCUGUACGUCUUCAUACACCAUAGAUAUGGGACAGUGUGAAGGAUUUAUAAAUCAGAACCACAAAUCAUGACUUUACAGGAAAAUCCCACAAAUGUCAGAUUCUUUUACACAGGAACCACUCCAUCUAUUUAUUGAUAUUGAAAUAUUAUCACAAUAUUCUAAUCGCUUUCAGUACCAUAUAUUUUGAGGUGUUAGCUCUUUCUGAUCGUCACACUUUAAGAAACAGGGGGGGAAGCAAAAGAAAUAUGUUAAUGCAUUUACUUGUAAAGAAAACUUACUAAUAAUGAGCUUCUGUUGAAUUACUAAAAAUCCUAAGAUCCAAAAGUUUAGUUUUUGUUAGUGAGCUUCUUUAACUUAUAGAUGUUGUUUUUGAGAUUCUCUCGGUUCACUGAGCCAGCUGCUUCCUGUUGGCAUGUGAGAACCUCACCCAGCCCUACUUCUUUCUUUAACUCAGCUUCUGAAUUGAAGCCAAUAAUAUUCAGAUGAAACCUGAUGCACAUAGAUACAAGGAAAACCUUUUGGAGUUUUAUCAUGACCAAAUCGAUUGGACUAUUUACUGUGUUUCUAUUAGGAUACGAAGUGUUUCCUUUAGUAACAUCCAGAGCAUCAGUGGGCCAUUCUGACUGAUACUUCAAUUAGUGUAGGUAUGCUUUAAUUUGACCUUAACUGUAUUAUUGUUAGUAGUGGUGGUAGCAGUGUUAAAUGCAUGACCCUAAAACUAAAGACAAUAUUCUGUAAACAGCUUAAUCCCAAACAACGUCCCAAUGUGGGACAUUAAAACAAGCUAACUUGUUGUCCAAAGCUUAAACCAUUAAGAACUCAACUUUAGAAAAGGAAGAUUUUUUUUCUCUGAAUAAAAACAAUGGCCUUUAACAUUGUCAUUUUCAGGAAGGGUUGUUAGAACGUUGGCUGCAACCUUGAGCAAAUGUCCCUGAAAGUAAAAAAAUAAAAUGUUUGAGAAACAAUAAAAGAAGGUUCUUUUGUUGCCCUAAAGUGAAUAUAGAUAGUAAAAGAAAAGUUUCACAGACAAGGAAUCUCUCAAGUCACAGACAAUGCUCAGUUAUCCUUCAGUAACCUUUCCUAAAUGCUUUCUUUUUUAAUUUUUUUAGCCAACACUCACAUUAGCUCACCAGGACAGUGUCUGUCUUCAUCCAAGCUAAGGUUAGAACUGAACGAAAGAACUGAACUAGUUCACAGUUUGAGAGGGAAUAGGGAAUGGGUGGAAAUCUACUUGCAGUUAAGUUGUAAUAGUAAGACUUUCUCUGCCACGUUGUAGUUCACAGGUAAUCCAAAAGAGGGCAAUCUAAGAUUUAAAGAAGCCAUCCUGCCUGUUUGAACUCGCAUGAAACUGGAAGCAGCUUCAUGGUACCAGUCCAGUCUCUUCCUGAUCCAACUCUGACAGCUUCCUGCUCUAUCACUUGAAUGACGGCCGACUGAAGGAGACUUCACCUUGUUCAGUAGCCAAUUGUGAAUUUAUUUAUUUCAGGCAGCUUUAUUUAUAGAUUGUGUUUUUUCUGUGAACCAUUUUGUUGGAGACUAUAGUCCUUUUUUAAUGAGCACUGAUGUUAGUAUUAAUCACAUUAAAGGGGUGGUUUUUGCUCAUUAGGGUGUCACUGGUACCAGUAAAGGACACUGUGCUCAGUUUGUGUCAUAUGACUUGAAUAAAUCUGUUGAACUGAAAA